CCUUGAAGUUCCUUCAGUGUUCGAUCUCACUUGCUCCCUUUUUUUGCGGGGAUCCUUAUUUGGUUGUACUGUGUACAGAGCUUUCCCUCGUGUUACCCGGUUCUCGCGGGUCUAUGCUAAUUAAUUAAUUGAAUUUGUUAAUUGAAUUUGAACUUCUACACCUUUCACUCCAAUGUUCAUCAAUACAUUAAAACAACUAAUAACUCUUCAACUUCCCCAAAGCUCCAAGAGCCCUGACUCUUCUUUUAUGUGAUAGAUGUAUCAACAUCUCCAAAAUAAUUGCAACUGAGAGGUAUUUCGAUUGUAAACAAGGUCCAAGGUCAACAUUAUGCCGGGCUCUUCUCGAAUACCCAUUAGCUUGCGCGAUACCUUCAAUACCGUCAAGCGAUCUCGCCCAGUGAAUCCUCAGCAAAUAUUUAAUCUCGAACUAUUCAAAAAUGUGCUCUUUUUCUUCUUUGUCGUACGCAUAGUCCGUCGGACGUUCUGGAAACUGAAGGGCCGCGGUAUUAUCGGCACUAUCGUAGAGCUUUACCAUGAUACUCGACGUGUACUCUAUGGGUACUUCCUGCGGGCCCCGGGCAUCAGAACCCAAGUUCGGAAACAAGUCACCGAGUCGCUAGCGAAAGUACAGACGAAGAUGAUUCCCGCCGGCGGGACUCGGUAUCUAACCUUGCCGAAAGAGGGUUGGACAGACGAGGCGCUACGAACUGAGCUUGAGGCUUUGGCAAACAUGGAUCAUACCAGAUGGGAGGACGGCUACGUAUCUGGUGCCGUUUAUCAUGGUGAGGAGGACCUAAUCAAGCUACAGACCGAAGCCUAUGGCAAAUUCACCGUGUCGAACCCGAUACACCCGGAUGUCUUCCCCGGCGUGAGGAAAAUGGAAGCGGAGGUUGUUGCCAUGGUCCUCUCCAUGUUCCAUGCCCCGCCAAAGGCUGCUGGCGUGUGCACAAGUGGAGGUACCGAGAGCAUUCUGAUGGCCUGUUACAGUGCGCGGCAAAAGGCAUAUGCGGAGCGCGGUGUUACGGAACCGGAGAUGAUUCUCCCAGACACUGCGCACACGGCCUUCCGAAAGGCUGGUGACUACUUCAAGAUCAAGAUCCACUUGGUACCUUGCCCUGCGCCUGCCUACCAAGUUGAUGUGCACCGUGUCUCUCGCCUCAUCAACUCUAACACGAUCCUCCUGGUUGGAUCUGCCCCUAACUUCCCCCAUGGCGUUAUCGACGACAUCUCAACGCUUUCCAAGUUGGCCUUGAAACGUCGCCUACCGCUGCAUGUAGAUUGCUGUCUUGGCUCCUUCCUGGUCCCCUUCCUCGAUAAAGCUGGCUUCGAAACGGAACCGUUCGACUUCCGUCUUAAGGGUGUCACCUCUAUCUCCUGCGACACGCACAAGUAUGGUUUCGCGCCAAAGGGUAAUUCGACAGUCCUCUACCGUUCCGAAGAGUUGCGUACGUAUCAAUACUUUGUGUCCCCUGAUUGGUCCGGCGGCCUGUACGCUUCGCCGGGUAUUGCGGGGUCGCGCCCCGGUGCCCUCAUUGCAGGAUGCUGGACCAGUAUGAUGCGUGUCGGCGAGGCCGGAUACAUCGAUGCGUGCGUCAAGAUCGUGGGCUGCACCAAGAAGAUCGCAGACCACGUUGUCAACUCACCAACGCUAGGCGCCGAGCUCGAAAUCAUUGGACGCCCGCUCGUCUCUGUCGUCGCCUUCACCGCACGUAACUUAGAUAUCUACGACAUCGCUGACGGCAUGAACGCCAAGGGCUGGCACCUCAAUGCUCUCCAGAACCCGCCCGCCGUGCACGUUGCUGUUACUCUGCCCAUUACUAAGGUCUGGGAACGCCUCGUUGCUGAUCUGGAAGCAGUCAUUGAGGCAGAACGAGAAAAGGAACGGGUUCGCGUUGUUGAGGGUAAGGGACCGAAGGGCAAGGCUUCAGGUGACACAGCUGCAUUGUAUGGUGUUGCAGGCAGCUUGCCGAAUAAAAGUAUCGUUGUCGAUUUGGCGAAUGGAUUUUUGGAUCUGUUGUACAAGGCAUGAUCUAAUUUGCAUAACAUACCUAGACUACAUAGCGAGAGAUGUCACAUUCAUCCAUUGUAAGAAAAAGCAAACAUGAGCGGGCUGGAGCCGGAGUGCGUUGCUGAUUGCUCGCAACGCGUUUGUUGCCCGUUUGGUAGGGAACAAUUUGCAUAACCAGCGGGUAUGUAAUAGUGUAUGUUUUAAAGGAAGCCAGGAAGGGGAGAAAGCGGGUAGGAAUAUUGAUUUGGUGAUUUGGCUGGCUGGCUGGGUUGUACAUAUAUAUAGGGUACUAUAUAAGGUAUUCAAGGUCAAAAAGGGGGGGGAAGUAGGUAGAAUCUCUACUACCAAAACAUACAUUCAACUGCCUACUUAGGUACUCAUUGUUCAUAAA